CUCAAAAAGAAAAUAAGUGAUCCUUAAGGAAGACUUCCAUUUGGUAAUUCAUUUAAUCAGUGCAAGUGAAAUUAAGAAACAAUGGACAUAGAAAAUGAACAGAUACUGAAUGUAAACCCCACAGAUCCUGAUCAUUUAAGUGACUCUCUUUUUUCUGGUGAUGAAGAUAAUGCUGGGACUGAGGAAAUAAAGAAUGAAAUAAAUGGAAAUUGGAUUUCAGCAUCCUCCAUUAAUGAAGCUAGAAUUAAUGCCAAGGCAAAAAGACGACUACGGAAAAACUCAUCCCGGGACUCUGGCAGAGGCGAUUCUGUCAGUGAUAAUGGAAGUGAAGCCCUUAGAAGUGGAGGAUCUGUACCAGCCAGUCCAAAGGGAAGGUUGCUGGAUAGGCGGUCCAGAUCCGGGAAAGGAAGGGGACUACCAAAGAAAGGUGGUGCAGGAGGCAAAGGUGUUUGGGGUACACCUGGACAGGUAUAUGAUGUGGAGGAGGUGGAUGUGAAAGAUCCUAACUAUGAUGAUGACCAGGAGAACUGUGUUUAUGAAACUGUAGUCUUGCCUUUGGAUGAAAGGGCAUUUGAGAAGACCUUAACACCAAUCAUACAGGAAUAUUUUGAGCAUGGAGAUACUAAUGAAGUUGCGGAAAUGCUGAGAGAUUUAAAUCUUGGUGAAAUGAAAAGCGGAGUACCUGUUUUGGCAGUGUCCUUAGCAUUGGAAGGAAAGGCUAGUCAUAGAGAAAUGACAUCUAAGCUGCUUUCUGACCUGUGUGGGACAGUAAUGAGCACAAAUGAUGUGGAAAAAUCUUUUGAUAAGCUAUUGAAAGAUCUACCUGAAUUAGCAUUGGAUACUCCUAGAGCACCACAGUUGGUGGGCCAGUUUAUUGCUAGAGCUGUUGGAGAUGGAAUUUUAUGUAAUACCUAUAUUGAUAGUUACAAAGGAACUGUAGAUUGUGUACAGGCCAGAGCUGCUCUGGAUAAGGCUACUGUGCUCCUGAGUAUGUCCAAAGGUGGAAAGCGUAAAGACAGUGUGUGGGGCUCUGGCGGUGGGCAGCAGUCGGUCAAUCACCUUGUGAAAGAGAUUGACAUGCUGCUGAAAGAGUACUUACUCUCUGGAGACAUAUCUGAAGCCGAACAUUGCCUUAGAGAACUGGAAGUACCUCAUUUUCACCAUGAGCUUGUAUAUGAAGCCAUUGUAAUGGUUUUAGAGUCAACUGGAGAAAGUACAUUUAAGAUGAUUUUAGAUUUAUUAAAAUCCCUUUGGAAGUCUUCUACCAUUACUGUAGACCAAAUGAAAAGAGGUUAUGAGAGAAUUUAUAAUGAAAUUCCAGACAUUAACCUGGAUGUACCACAUUCAUACUCUGUGCUUGAGCGAUUUGUAGAAGAAUGUUUUCAGGCUGGAAUAAUUUCCAAACAACUCAGAGAUCUUUGUCCUUCAAGGGGUAGAAAGCGCUUUGUAAGUGAAGGAGACGGAGGUCGUCUUAAACCAGAAAGCUACUGAAUAUAAGAACUCUUGCAGCCUUAGAUGUUAUACAAAAUAAGUAUCUGAUUGUAAGAGGUGUUAGCACAGGUUUUUUUCUUUUCUUUUCUUUUUUUUUUUUAACACUUGUUUUGGGUACAAAGCAUUUCUGAAAUUUUAUAAGCUUACAUUUAAGGGGAAUUUUUAAAGAAGUUUUUUUCUUUCUUUUUAAAAAAAAUUUUUUUUUGAGAAGAGGGUAAAGGAGGGACAAAAAGUAACCACUUCUUAAGUGGAGUAUCCUAAUAAGCUACCUUUUCUAAGUGCCGUGUUUAUGACCUAAUCAUUCCAAGUUUGGCAUUGAUGUCUGACUGCCACUCCUUUCUUUCAAGGACAGUGUUUUUUGUAGUAAAAUCACUGGUUUAUACAAAGCUUUAUUUAGGGGGUAACGUUAAGCUGCUAAAACCCCAUGUUGGCUGCUGCUGUUGAAAUACUGUGCUUUGGGAGUUAAAAAAAAAAGUUAUUUCUUUGUCUUAAAGAAUUUUUAAAAAUGAGUUAGUCAUGAGACUUAAUUCAUCUUUCCAGGGAACAUAUCGAUUGGUCUUAAAGACUAGACAGUAAGUAAAUGGUGGCUGGAACAUCUAUUUUUCUACAAAACUGGAAAAAUGAACCUGGUUCUACAAGAAUGUACAACAAAAUAAAACAUGUGAAGCAGUGUUGAUUCUUUA